AUGGAGGGAUUACAUGCAUUGCCUUCUGUUACAAGGUUGAGCAAGAGCGUGGUCAGAAUUCUUGGGCAGAAUCCGGGGGAGUUUACUUUGCAAGGAACGAAUACAUACCUCGUCGGAGAGCAUAACCCCUACAUUCUCAUUGACACUGGCGACGGCCGAGAAGAGUACAUACCUGUGCUCGAGAGUGCACUCCGAGAAGUCGAGCCGGAGUCCGUCGAUCUACCGGACGUCUCAGACAUUAUCGUAACACACAAGCACCACGAUCAUGCUGGUGGCCUCCCUUUAGUACUGCCUUUACUCCGACGCUUGUGGGGCGACAAGCAUGCCGCCAGCUCCUCCCCCUUUCACCCACCGCGCAUCCACAAGCUCCCCCUCCCGUCCCCCGAUACGAGACUGCAGGGCAUCCUCGAUUCUAUACCCGCAGGCUCAUACACCCCUGCUCCUUCGGGUGGUCCGAUCCACGACAUUCACGAUUCGCAAACGUUCCAAGUCACCACUGCCUCGGUGAACCCGGAGCUGUCCGUCCUGCAGGUGUUGCACACCCCAGGACACACACUCGAUUCGCUCUGCCUCUACUUCCCCGCAGACCGCGCGCUCUUCACCGCAGACACCGUGCUCGGAUACGGGAGUGCCGUCUUCGAGGACCUCGGGAUGUACAUGGCCAGUCUGCGAAAGAUGAUCGACUUCGGGCAGGGCGACUCGAGCACGGGACCGAGAUACGGCACUGUCUACCCAGGCCAUGGCCCCGCUGCCUCUGACGGCCUGAAACACGUUUCUGUGUAUUUGCAGCACAGGGUGAAACGGGAGGAGGAGAUACUGGCUGCCCUGCAGCAAUCGUCUCUGUCUGACAACCCGUGGACUACGUGGAAGCUCGUAUCCAGCAUCUAUUCCGCCUAUCCGCGGUCACUGUGGGAGCCGGCGGCGCACAGCGUGGAUCUGCAUCUGCGCAAGCUGGAGUCCGAGGGAAGGGUCGAGUAUUUGAGCGGGGUGGGUAAGGAUACGGAAUGGGAGUUCAUAGGGUGA